AAAAUAGCUUUUUAUAUGCUUUCUAUAUUGAGUUUAUAAUUGAAUUUGUAAAAAUAUAUAUUUCGUAAGAAAAAAAUCAAAAAGAAACCUGAUUUAAAUGCAUUUUUUAACUAAAUCUAGUACAAAGUGGUAAUCAGCUGACCCCUAAAGGCAUACUAUUUACGUCGUCUGUUACUGUUUUGGAAAUUUGGACUUUGGUUUAGUCUGGUUUCAGGUCUCUGGUGUUAUUAACUGGUUCGCUCUGAUUAGUGCCUUCUUUGUUGAGUGACGAGUGUCCACUCCCUAGUCCGUAAUUCAAUAAGUGGCAUCAAUCCUGUGCGAUAUCGUAAACCGUGCAGUACACAUCCCUUGUUGAAAAAAAAGAGCUUUGUUGAUUGUAUACCGGACGAAGCGAAAGUACAAAAGGACUCUCAAUGGCUGGGCACGAUUAUGAUGAACGAAUUCUUAAUGGUGAAGAAUGGACAGUAGAAGCCCUUGCAGUAAUACAUGAUGUCAAGGACCAUGUAUUGGAGAUAGUUAUUGCAGACAGAUCUGUCAAUAAUGAUCAAUUAAUUCACAUGAAUCUGACUACCAAAGAGAAACAACGUUAUUGCAUUGAACUGACUGCCCAAGGAUUUCGAGUAGUUGGUUAUGACUACAAUCGAACAGAUGUUUCAUCUGAUGACUACUUUGAAACACCAUACGCUUUACUCGACAAACUUAGUCCUUUGUAUCGACAAGCAUUUGGAGAUUCUCUAGUUUCUAAACUUUUGUUGCUACAUUCGUCUCGAAGACAUAGCAUGGACAACGAACCACAGCUAGAUGAUUGACCAUAACUUACCGAUUUUGUGAAAUUUUAAGAAAUGAACCAAAAAAGAAUGGACACCAUUGUUAAAAGACAACCAUCUGUGCAACAUUUUUAAGUUAACUCCGGACCCUUAAGUAGUAGUACUUCGCUUCUUAUUACAGACGAACAAACAAAUAUGUUCUUCAUGCUUGUCCUCCUUCCUGUGUAAUGUCUAUGUCAAAACUGCUUCCGAAUUCCUUUUCGGAAUAGUUAAUAAAUUUAACGUCAGUCACUUUAAAUAGAGUUAUAUGUAAUGUCGUUUUAUUGAAAUUGUUACAGAAUAUAUCUAUAUACACACACAUAAACGUGUAAAUUGAAUUGUUCGUGUUUUGUUUUUUUCUCCGCACCUGCGCCUUUGAACCGGAAUGCAAUGCCUGCAUAACAUAUAUUGUGAAUUUCAUCGAUUUUACUACCCUAGAUUAUUAUUGACAUUUCCGUUCAAGCAUAAUCGUUUGAUAUCGACCGUUGAAGGACAACAUAACAUGGAAGAGUGUAAUUACUUUUUCUUAAUGUAAACUUUCGAAAUGACGAUAUCCCGCCAUUUACAAACACCCAUAAAAGAUGUUGAGGAUUUUUACCGAUAGGUUCGCUACUUUCGCUCAACGACGGUUGCUAUGUUUUGGUUUUGGCGGAUUUGAAAAUUGUGGAAGCUUAAAGCUCAUCAGUGUGUGGAAUUGAGGAAUUCCUCCAUGUGCAUUUCCGAUAAAGCAUGUUUGCUUGUUUCGUGCAUUGACAUAUUUACUACAUAAGCAUCUUUAUUUUCAUCAGAAUAGCUUUAUUGCAUGUUUGGUUCGGAUUUUUAGUAUCGUAACCAUGGGGACCCAGAACAAUCCGCCCAGCAAUUUACGAUCAAAAUCUAGUUUUUCACAAUACGUCAGUCUUCGCCAGCAAUUGGACGACUUGGGAUACAACAACUACUUGUCAAAUGAGUCAGUACCAUUAGUGGACAAGCUGCUUAGAGAUCUCCUUCAGUAUAAAGAGUUGUGUAUGGGAAGUCAGAAGCAUCAUCAAACUGCAAGAAAAAAAAGUGAAAUAUCCUUGCCAAGUGGUUCAGUUGCAACAGAAUGUAGCUUUGAUAAUGAUGAGAGGAGAUCUCAUCAAAGGAUUCUACGUGAGGAACAAGCAACAAUUGCUCAAAUAGAAGCUCUGAAACUUGAAAACACAAAGCUUCAUGAACAAAUAGUUGAAUUUAAAUUUGUUCUUGAUCAAAAUGCCACCAUUAUUCAGAGAUUGAAAAAAGAUAAUGAUUCCAAAAGCGUAUUAAUUUUGCAGCUUCAGAAUGGAAAGGGCAAAAAUGAAGCACAGUACAACAUAUCAAAGCCCAACAUAGAAAAAGAUGGUGAUCUUCCAGGGGCCAACCUGUCAAAGAUUCAGGCCCUCUACAAGAGGAUAUUAUCUGCAUCUGAUAAUCCUGCUAUUAUUGAUUGGGUAAAAGCUGCCGAAACGAAAAUCAGUAACUUGGAACGUGAAUUAGAUAACACUGGUAAAGCACUUGAUGUUAGCCAGAAAACUUGUGAACAGUUUCAAAAGAAGGUACUGGAAUAUGAAAACCAACUAAUUCGGCUCGAAAAAGUAGAUAGAAACAAAGGAGCUCAAACUUUUGCGCAAAUGAAAUCUCGGAUGGAACAAAAAGAGCGAGAAAAUAGAGAAUUACAGGCUCAACUAUCAGAGGCAGUCCGGAAGCAACAUGAGGCAAUGAGUAGAGCUAUUAUGUUAGCUGGCGAAAGACCAUGCAAUCGUGAAGCAGCUGCUAAAAACGCGGGUGCAGAGAAAAAAAUCAUUGGUCUUGAAUCAGAACGCAACGUCAUGAAGCAAAUGCUGACUACCACUCAGAGGGAAAGGGAUGAAUUGAUGAAAGAAGUUCAUCGUUUACAUUCUCAAGAAUCAGCGUUGAUGAACGAGAUUCGUGCUCUAGUAAGCAAUGAAUCAUCCUCACAGGGACCAAAAGUCAGCAAGAACGUACGUUUUCAAACUGAUAACAAAAGUGCAAGAUCAGCCGACUCUGGUGUUGAAUCUGCAACUGGCUCUGGGCAAGAAGAAGGUGGAGGACGCAACCGUGAAAAUUGGCUGAAGCGACUUACAGAGCAGCGUCAGCUAUACUACGAUAACGUUCAUCAAUUACUGAACUACAUGAAAAAUCGCCAGAGCCUACCCUCCGACUCAGGUUCUCAACAUACAAUCUCCGCAAGUAGUGUUCAAUCUUUGGGCUCAGGUUCUCGACCCGAUGGUUCUCAGUCAAACUCUCAGGGAUUUAUUCCUAAUCAAUCGACAGUUUUCCAGCAAAAUCCACCCAAUAUCACUUCAUACAAUUUAUCUCAACAACCACAUCGCAACAUGAACCAAUCUCCUUAUCACCAGCCUCCACUUCUUAAUUUUCAACCACCUAGUCAGCAGCAGUUACCGACUGACCAGUCAACGUAUAAUUGGCCUGCCGGCCAACCGUAUGCACCACAGGCUAAUACCGGAUUCGACCAAUCAAAUCAGCAACAAGUGCCAGCUGGUCGGCCGAGUUCUCAACAAUCCAGCAGCACAUUCUCCCAGCAAAAUCGUCAAGUGCACGAUCAAAGUCAUCCGAAUUCUGGUGAAAUGCCACGGCAGCAACAACAACCCAGUUACCAGUGGUAUGCUCAAUCACAGGGAAUUUCUGGACAAACAAAUGUACCACACCAGAAACUUCCUGUUUGUGUUUGUGGUGGUAUUCCCCCAGAGUUAAUGUCGCAGUCGCAGAAUCAGCGUGGUUUCCCUCAAACAUAUCAACCCGGCGUGGGUCAAUCUACUUAUCCGCAACCAUAUCUUGAUCCUAAUGUGGGUCAUCCCAACUAUCAACAAACAUAUCAAUCACAACCCAAUGCUCAGGGAUUUGCUCAGCAACCAAAUUUUUCUCCCGCUCAACAUGCUCAAAUGUUGGCUACCCAGACCAGCGGUUUCGAUAACUCUGAUCAGCCUAACUAUCGCAUCAGUAGGCCUACAACUACAAACGUUCACGAUCAGAAAACUCAAACAGAAUCCGGAGGAUCCGCCUCAGUUUAUGUACCUACUGCCGAAGAACUAAGUAAACUGCCCAGCCAGUUACAAACAUGGGCUCAAUCCAUGAUGCAGGAAAAGAAGUCAUUGAAAGAAAAGAAUUCCGAACUAAGACUUGAGUUGGAUGAGAUAUCGGAAAAUUCGCAGAAAUCGGACGGACUAGUGAAUGAAGUUGCCGACAAACUAAAAAAAGCUGAAGAUUUGAUCGGGAAACUUCAAUCCGAGCUAGAUGCUUCGAAUGGUAAAUUGCGUGCUACAGAACAAGGUCUUACAAUGGAGCGCAAUAACUUACAGCAGCUUCGCCUGGACAUUGAUGAAGCUGACGGAAAUGCCUCGUCUUUGACGAAGAAAUUUGUUGAGAAAUCAACUCAGUUGGAUGCGGCGAAACUGUAUUGUGCUCAGUUGGAGCAAAACGUAGGGGCGCUUCAGGAUCAAAUCAAUAGUCUUAAAAGCCAAUUAGAGGCAGUACUGAGCCAGAACGAGAUCCCCAAUCCAGCAGUACAAAAGUUACUGAAUGAAAUCGAAGGUCGCAAUGCCCGCGUUCUCCAGUUGGAGAAACUGCUAUCCGAAAAACAAGACAUCAUAAAUCAACGAGAAAAAGAGUUGGAUAAAGUCAACAAUAGACUUAAAGAAUUCGAAAACGACUUGAGCAACGAAAAGGCCAAAGCGCAUCAACUUCAGCAAGACAUUGAAAAUUCUCAGGGAAAACUGAAGGCAACUGAGCGCGAAGUAUCGAUGGAGAAAAAUAGACUUCAGCAGCUCCAAAUGGACAUUACAAAUGCCGACAUGAAUGCCGCGGCUCUAGCGAAGAAAAUGAUGGAGAAAUCGACACAGCUGGACGAUGCAAGACAGCGUUGCAAUGAAUUGGAACAGAAAGUUCUCAGAUCAGAAGAACAAGUGGGCAACCUCCAGGGUCAAUUACGCGGCUUACAGGUGCAACGUGCUCAAGGUGAUACUGAACAACGGCAGCUUUUGGACGAACUGGAUGCAUGUAAGGCACGUAUCAACCAAUUGGAGAGGCAGUCUUCCACAAAGCAGGACACGAUAACCAUGCUCCAGAAUCACAUUUCCACUUAUGAAAACAAGAUUCACAUGCUUGAAAAGGAAACUGGCGAUAAAAACAGCCAAGUGGAAUUGAACCGUCGUCAGAAUGAACGUCUCGCUAAUGAAAUUGAUCAAGCUAAGAUUGAUAAUUCAUCACUGCGACAGGAAAAUGAGCGGCUGGUGGCUUCCCUUGCACAAAGUCGUGGUGAACUGGAUCGCGAACGUAAGGGAGCAGAUGAUCUGCGUCGAGAGAUCCAGUCCUAUAUCAGCCACGUCCGACAAGUGGAGUCUAUUUUGGCACGAAAGGACGAAGAAAAGGAUGCCCUCUUGAAGCAGUUCCAAGCUCUGGCAAACGAGACGAGCAGUUUCGAUACAGAACGAGAGAAUAUGGAGCGAUCCAUUCGAAGUCAGCAACAAGAAGUGACUACCUUGCAAGCAGAAUUGUUGACUGUAAGGCGGCGACUUGGAGAGCUCGAAGCGCUCUAUUCACAGCAGAAAACCGCUGGAGUUCAAUCAGAAAUGCAAGCAGAUGAUUUACUACGAAGAUUGGGAAUUUUGGAAAGAGAUUUGCGAGAUGAACGCGGAGAUAAGGUUCGACUGGAACAGCAACUUGCUUCUGCCCAUGACCUCCAGACUAAACUUGAGAAGCAGCUAGAGAAACUUCGAUCGGAAGCUGCGCAAGCAGAUUCAACAUCUCAUCAGAUGGAAGCGGAAACUACGCGGUUACACGAGGAUUUCCGCGUUCUGGAGCAACGACUAUCGAAAGAGAAGGAAAAUGUCCGCAAUUUAGAAUCGAUUGUCUCCAUUUUGCGGCAAGAAAGAUCCCAACAAGAAAACCAGAUGCGCAAUAUGUCACAAGAUUUAACCCGCUUACAUCACAGAGAAAUUAUUUUGCAGGAAGAAUUAGCCAAUGUGAAAGCAGAGCUGUGUGGAACAGAAGGCAAAGUUGCCGAUUUAACUCGUGAAAACCAACGAUUGAAACAAGAGGUCCUCCAAGAAAAAUUUGAACGCGAAAAAAAUCGCCAGGAAUAUAAACGCAUGGGCAACCUGAGUCAUACACCACCCUUAUUAACCUCCUACAAUGUUUCACCUGCUCCUGGAGCUUUUCACGUACCUUCUGGAGCAUUGCACAACCUUUCAACUGCAACCAUAGGCACCCAUACUUUAGCUCCCAGUGCUGGCGGGUCGUCGACCGGUACGCCCAGAAGAAGACAAACAGUUGCAUCUCGUUUUGCCAAUAAUGCGACACAAACGUGAUUUUUUUUUCAACUCGGCACAAUUUAAAUUGAUUUCGUAACUACAAAAUUCUCGAAAAUACACUACAUAUUUAUUCUA